AUGCUUCCCUACCUCCUUCUAUCUGCCGCACAGCUCUUCACCUCAACAUCUGCCGCAUUGACCUACAAUGGCGCGGAUAUAUCUUCCCUCAUCGUCGAGGAAGGCAAAGGCGUCUCUUACAAGAACCUUGCGGGUACGCCGGAAAAUCUGGAAACCAUCAUCUCGGCUAGUGGCGUCAACUCUGUUCGCCAGCGUGUCUGGGUUAAUCCCAGUGAUGGAUCAUACGAUCUAGAUUACAACGUUAAGCUCGCAAAGAGAGUACAGGCGAAGGGCAUGGGCACGUAUCUUGACUUGCAUUACAGUGAUACGUGGGCGGAUCCGAAGGCACAGAGCGCUCCCUCGGGUUGGUCCACAACAGACAUUGACAUCCUGGCAGGGCAAGUGUACGACUACACCCUGUUGGUAUGCAACACGUUUGCGGAGAACAAGCUGGGCGUAGAGAUUGUCUCCAUCGGCAACGAAAUCCGUAACGGCCUGGUAUGGCCCCUGGGAGGAACAAGCAGCUACAGCAACAUUGCGAGGAUCCUGCACUCCGCUGCUUGGGGUGUGAAAGACUCCAAGCUGACCACCACUCCCAAGAUCAUGAUCCACCUCGACAACGGCUGGGACUGGGGCUCUCAGUCGUGGUUCUACAAACAAGUUCUGGCAUCUGGGUCUGCACUCCUCUCCACGGACUUCGACUACAUCGGCGUCUCGUACUACCCCUUCUACAGCGCGGAUGCCACGCUCGCUUCACUGAAAAGUAGUCUUGCGAACCUGCACUCGACGUACAAGAAGGAGACGCUGGUUGUCGAGACCAACUGGCCAUUUGCUUGUUCCAAGCCCGAGUUUGGAUUCCCGUCGGAUCUCAAGGAUAUUCCAUUUUCGGUUGCUGGGCAGCAGACUUUCCUGAAGAGACUUGCUGAUACUGUGGAGUCUGUUGGUGGAUUGGGCAUUUACUACUGGGAACCUGCUUGGGUUGAUAAUGCGGGACUUGGAAGCAGUUGUGAGGAUAACUUGUUCUUUUCUUGGUCGAAUGAUCAGGCUAGGGCUAGUCUGGAUACCUUUGGUGGUCUGUGA